UGAGCUCUCCCCGCCCCCAUUAAUUCGUGUGGUCGGCGUAUUCAGAACACGACAAAACGUGGAUCUUGUCAAAUGUCUAGCUUACUCGGGUCUGUCGCCUGACACUGUUUAAGAAGAAGUUAUUUCAAAUAUCAGAGUGGGAAAGUUUUAUUAAGCAGGGAAAUGACGGGACAGUCGGCAUUGUUGCUCCGUAAACAAUUAGCAGAUCUGAACAAGAACCCCGUGGAAGGCUUCUCGGCGGGUCUUGUGGAUGACAAUGACAUCUUUCAGUGGGAAGUGGUCGUCAUUGGACCCCAGGACACACUCUUUGAAGGAGGGUUCUUCAAGGCCACUUUAACCUUUCCACGGGAUUAUCCUUUAAGACCACCCAAAAUGAAGUUCAUCACAGAAAUCUGGCAUCCUAACGUUGCAAAAAACGGCGACGUAUGCAUCUCCAUCUUGCACGAGCCUGGAGAAGACAAGUAUGGCUAUGAGAAGCCAGAGGAGCGUUGGUUGCCAAUCCAUACCGUGGAGACCAUCAUGAUCAGUGUCAUCUCCAUGUUGGCAGACCCCAACGGCGAUUCUCCCGCCAACGUUGACGCAGCGAAAGAGUGGCGUGACGAUCCCAAAGGAAUUUUUAAGAAGAAGGUUGCACGUUGUGUGCGGAAAAGUCAAGAGAUGGCUUUUGACUGACGUCUCGCAUUUUGGGGAUUUAAAAAAAACUUGCUGAGGUGAACCAGGAAUGCUGAGAGGCAGUCCAGAGUCUACUUCAUUGACAAGACACGUUUCCGGAUUUCAAAAGACGCAACAAUUUACCUGCAUAAGCCAACCUAUUUUUUUUUUUUAACCAGAACCUCCUUGAUACAUGCAGCAUAUUCCAAUCUUAGUUUUUCUUUAUAUUAACUAUUUAUUUUAAAACAAGAAGCAGUGAAGAGGUUUUUGCCGGGAGGCUGGGGGGGGGGGGGUGAUGGGUGGGGGGUUUACAGCUGCCACACUGAGCCAUAAAGCCUACAGUGCCUUUUAUGAAAACAAACUGAGGGCUUGUGUUGUGGAAAACAAAAGGGCAUAUCGGAAUGUUAUGUGGUUUCAUUUACAAAAUUUGCUCUGGCAAGUGUUCUCACGGUUGUGUGAUGUUUGAGAGGAUCGUACUUCAGUGUGAAAUAAAGUUUGGCGCCAUUGUUCUAUUACA